AUGCCGUCGUUGGCACUCAGUCCUUCGUCAAUGAUGAUUGGGUCUCUGGCACAGAUGGACGACUUUUUGCAUUGGUCUGAUCUAUUCGAUCUGGGCCCGGAUCCGUUACAGCUCACACCACAUCCAUUUCUCGAAUCUGUGGAUGGCUUUGAUUUUGCAAUGGCUUCAACAUUUGCACAGACGAAUACACUAGAGCAUAAUAACUCGAGCCGGAUAAUGACGCCCCAGCAAUCGCCACUUGAUACCGGCUCGCUCUCAGUAGAUGUCAUGCCAGACGCUCCAUUCCUGCUCAAACAUUUCCAAGACAACGUGAUUGCACAAAUGAUGGCAAUGCCGCUUGGCGAAAAGUCUCCAUGGAAGAUCCUCAAUGUGCCCGCUGCGGUGCUAGCUUACAGUGAUUUGACCUUCCUGGGAGCGCAGAACAUCAGUCAUGCCCGGUUGGCAAAUCUAUACUCCCUGCUCGCCUGUUCAGCGUAUCAUCUUGCGUCAAAUCCCGAUGUAAUUACCACAAAUUCGGCGGAAUAUUGGAGAAUGGUGACAGAACAGGCGAACAUACAAGCCAAGAAUCAUAUACAAAUGUCUUUAAAGCAUGAGAUUCAUCAGCCGAAAAAGGCCAAGUAUAAAGAUCAAUUGAUGGCUAUUUGUGGAAUGACAGGAUUUGCUAUACUUUGCGGGCAGCAAAAAGAUGCACGUUGCUAUAUGAUCGACGCAGAGCGCUUACUGCGCCUCCGGGGCCUUUCAAAGCCAAAAAUAUCCCAGAAAGCCCGUCUGCUACACCAUAUCUAUACCUGGCUUCGGAUUGUCGGCGAAAGCACCUAUGUACUUCACGACUACAACCCAUCGAGCUCAUUUAUUGAAUCAUUCAACCGUCAUUUUCGAACCGAUCAGAAUACUGUCUCGCAUCGCAAUCCGCGCCUUGACGAUUUUCUCCACCUACAGCCCCGACAAUCAGACAGUGACCUGGACAUCGACCAGCCGAAAGAUAAUGACGUUGCCUUGCACGAUAUCCACCUACAGGAUUCGCGACAAUUUCCAGGAACUCUGUACAACCAAAUCUAUGGUAUUCCGGAGACAUGGCUCAGUCUAGUCUCGCAAACGACGCGAAUGGCCAACGUACUAGACUCCCUACGAAUCGCUCGACGGACGCACAAGAACCUCAGCGCGGAAGCAUGGGACACCGUCCACCGCCGACGGAUCAGACUUGAGAACAUGAUCUGCUCAUUUGACCUCAACCUCGCGCGAGAUGAUUGCGACGGGAGCCCAAACAGCCAUAUGCUACGAGCCUUAAGCUCUGCAUUGGUCAUAUUCUUUCACCGACGCAUUUGCCAAGUACAUCCUGCUAUUCUGCAAGGUCAUGUAGAUAGUAUCAUUAUAUCAUUGGCAAAUUUUGAUAAUGCCUUGGAGCAGUGCCAGAACCCAGGGCCUGGAACGGCAUGGCCGGCGUUUAUAGCGGGGUGUGAAGCCAUCACGACUUCGAGACGGGAAGCGAUCAUGCGAUGGGUGGAAAAGGGCGGCGCGAAAUGCGGGUUUAUUGCAUUUACAAGGGCAAAAGAGGUCAUGCUGGAGACGUGGAAGAGGCAGGAUGAGCAUUUGGCAGCUCGUAGAGGAGAUGAUAUUCCGACAUGGGUGGAAGUAGCCAAGGAGUGGCAAUUAUGGCCGAUAUUCUGUUAA